AAUAAUUCUGGCUUUUUCUGCGCCGACACAGCGCUCCUCUCCUCAGUGGAUUUACGCAUCCUUGUCGCCUCUACGUCUCUGUGAGUCCCGGAAAGGAAAUGGCACUAGCUGUAUGUUUACGGUGUGAGCGUCUCUGGCGCUGUGUGCGAAGAGGAGCGACAUGACCGGGAGCAGCAACAGCAACAGCAGGAGCCGCGGGUCAGGAGCUGAGAAGCGGCCGCGCUUCGUCCCCGUGCUGCUCGCCUACAGCGCGCUGAUCGCCGCGUGCGCGCUCUGCUACUCCAACUCGCUAUGGGGGGAGUUCGUGCACGACGAUGUAUGGGCCAUUGUGAACAAUCCAGACGUCAGGCCCGGCUCCAACCUGCGCAGCAUCUUCACCAACGACUUCUGGGGCAAAAGGAUGGUCGACAACACGAGCCACAAGUCUUACCGUCCGCUCUGCGUGCUCACCUUCAAGAUGAACAUAGUACUUGGUGGCAUGACUCCGUUUUAUUUCCACGUGGUGAACGUGUGCCUGCACUGCGCCGUCACGGCCCUUCUGAUGCACACGUGCAAACACUACGUGUUCAGAGACACACGUCUGGCCUUCCUCACUGCGCUCCUCUUUGCCGUCCAUCCCAUCCACACAGAAGCAGUAUCAGGAAUUGUUGGGAGAGCAGAUGUCCUGGCCUGUAUGUUGUUCCUUUUAGCCUUUCUCUCCUAUAUUAGGAGUGUGUCGGCGUGCAGCGUGUCUGACUGCUUCCCCUCCAUGGCGUCUCCAUGCUCUCUGGCGCUCUGUCUGCUCCUGGGCACCAGCGCCAUGCUGGUCAAAGAGACGGGCGUCACCGUGUUCGGCGUGUGCGUGCUGUACGACGGCCUGGCGCUCUGCCGCAAGCCUCUCGUCUCGCAUCUCUCACGGUCCAGGCUGAAGGAGCUUAUCCGAAUCUCUCGGCCCUUCAUCAAACGAACUUGUGUGGUCACGGUGUAUGUUCUGUUCAUCCUCUGUGCUCGCCUGUGGCUCAUGGGAGGUUCCAUGCCCCUAUUCUCUGAGCAGGACAAUCCAGCAUCUUUCUCAUCUCUCCUCCUCACCAGGUUCCUAACUUACUGUUAUCUCCUGGCCUUUAAUGCCUGGCUGCUACUGGCUCCUAUAGUUCUGUGCUAUGAUUGGCAGGUGGGCAGCAUACCUUUAGUGGAGUCUCUGUGGGACUCGCGCAACAUGGCUGCUGUGAUGUUGGCACUGGGAAUGCUUGCUCUCUGCUUGCACUGUGUUACAUCACUACAGAAGACGGAGGGCAGGGAGGUGCUGGUGGGAAUACUGUUCCUGGUCUUCCCUUUUAUCCCUGCCACUAAUCUGUUCUUCCGUGUGGGAUUUGUGGUGGCUGAGAGAGUCCUCUACAUGCCCAGUAUGGGUUACUGCAUCCUGGUGGUGCAUGGGCUGAACCGACUGUGUGCCGUGUUGAGUCGUUGGGGUUCGGCGGCGCUCACCGUCUCCAUGCUGCUGCUGCUCCUCCUCUUCUCCUGGAAAACCGUGCAGCAGAACGAGAUCUGGCUCUCCCGAGAAGCCCUUUUCAGGUCUGGUAUUCAAACAUUACCUCACAACGCUAAAGUUCACUACAACUACGCCAACUUCCUGAAGGACAAAGGACAAAACCAGGCCGCUAUUCACCACUAUAAAACAGCCCUCAGGCUGUACCCUCGGCAUGCCAGUGCCAUGAAUAACCUGGGCACACUGACUCAUGACACAAAGGAGGCGGAGCUCUAUUACAGAAAAGCGCUUGAUAUUAACCCCCAACACAACCGUGCACUCUUCAACCUGGGCAACCUUCUCAAGUCUCAGGGGAAGGAGGAAAAAGCUGAGCACAUGCUAAAGGAAUCGAUUCGCUUCGGGCCACAGUUUGCUGACGCCUACUCCAGCUUAGCGUCUCUCUUCGCUGACCAGAAGCGGUUUGCAGAAGCGAAUGAGAUUUACACGAAGGGCAUCGAAAAUUGUCCGGACAGUUCUGACCUCCACAAUAACUACGGUGUGUUCCUGGUGGACACAGGUGAUGGUGAGCGAGCGGCCGUUCAUUACCAGCAUGCCGUGCAGCUGAAGCCCUCUCACUACGUUGCCAUGGUGAAUCUGGCCCGUCUGCUGCGCUCCUCUAACGACAGCAAAGAGGCAGAGUUUUGGUAUAAACGGGCGCUGCAGGUGGUACGUAAGGUGGAUAUCCUGACUCCUCUGGGAGCGCUGUACUAUAACACGGGCCGCUAUGAGGAGGCUCUGCAGGUGUACCGAGAGGCCGCGUCUCUGCAGCCAGACAACCAGGACAUCUGGCUCGCUCUGGCUCAGGUGUUGGCAAUGGCAGGGCGCGCAAAAGAAGCUGAGAAAAUGACUCUGAGCAUCAUUUCUAAAAGUAACGGCUGUAUAGAGUGUUACCGCCUGCUGUCUGCUAUCUACAGCAAGCAGGGAAACCACACCGAGGCGUUGGAUGCUUUAGACAGAGCGCUGCAGCAGGAGCCGAUGGACACAGCAGUGAAAGCGGAGCUUCAUUUCUCCAUUGGCAACCAACUCCGAGAGAUGAAUGAGCUAGACAGAGCCUUUGAGAGCUACAAGCUGGCUGUAGCACUGAAGCCUGACCAGUCACAGGCCUGGAUGAACAUGGGCGGCAUUCAGCAUAUCAAGGGAGACUACGUAGCAGCAAGAACAUACUACCAAAGAGCUCUCCUGCUCUCACCUGGCUCCAAGCUGCUUAAGGAGAACCUGGCCAAGCUGGACAGACUGGAGAAGAAACUGCAGGGAGGAUAAAGGAGCCCGCUUUAUUUAAACACAGUCACCUUACUGAGGGCUUGCAGAGUUGAUACACACACACACACACACACAGAUCCUGAGCUGACUGCUUCUGUAAUCAAUGGUCUUGGAACAGAAAUGUCUAAAAGGGGAUCCAGGGUUAACGUUAAGGAUCCAGGCUGCAGCGUUGUGGCAGAGCUCGCUCAUCGACUCGUCUUAGCUUUAGCUUUAUCAGAUCUCUGAUCAGAAGAGAGGACAUCUAAAAGACGUGUGUCAUUCACUCUGGUUCAGUGACUUCAAAUCAGCAGGACAGGACAGGACAGGACAGGAGGCGGAUCGCUCUCCGAAUGUGUUCUGUGAACAUGGCGCCGUUCUCCGUUUGACGCAGAAAGACCGUUUUGUUUUUGUUUUGUGCUGAAUUUUUAUCCAUGACUGCGAGUGACAUCGAAUUGUGUGUAAAGUUGCCUAGAUUAAAAUAAAUGACGGACAUUUUUCUGCACCAGGAAUGUUUCCCCAAAGUCUUAAGGAGUUAUUUUUUAACAUCCUCCUCCCUCCUUUUUAUUAUUAUUAUUAUUAUUAUUACUAUUUAAAUUCUCAAUGUGGAAAAAUCCAAAACGUCACAGUAAUGACCUCUGCUAUGAUCUACGCAUCAGGCUCUUCUCCUUUUUUCCUGUGAAAUGAAGACUGUUUAAAUGCUUUCUGAUGCUCUCCAUGUUCAUAAUUCCAUAGAUGAUUCCUUCAUAUUCCUCAUCAGCAGUAGCGGCGUGUUUCCUGUCAUUUCCCGAAUCCUGUGUGAAAUCAUAUUCCUUUAUUUAAUAAAGAAAAUCCAAAACGUACAA